CCACACUUUUUGUCUCGUCCUGUCAUCCGGCUACUCCCUGCCCUCUGUGGCUCUGUACGCACUACGCAGUGAACUUGGGUCAUACUCCUCUUCAUUUACUCUCUCCAUUUCUUUUUCACUCUAUCUUUCUCCUUAAAAAUAAUAAUUAAACAUAAUCUUUUCUUUUUGUCUACCCCACCAUUUCCCUACUUCUCUCUCUCCUACCGGACAUUUCCCGUUAAUGGGGAGGAGCAAAAUCCAGUGAGCUUCUCGUCUCUCUCCUUUUCUCUUCUUUUCAUUCUUCUGCAACUCUUCUUCUCCGAGUCCAUAUUCUUACACACAACUUCUCAUCUUCCAGGCUUUUAGGAAUGUCGAAUUUAUCAUUGAGAAGUAUCUUGGAUACAUGCAAGCUUACUGGACCAAACUUUCUGGACUGGGAAAGAAAUGUGCGUUUAGUUCUUAGACAAGAAAAUAUUGAGUAUGUGUUAGACACGCCGGUACCCAAGAUUCCUGAUGCUAACUCUCUCGAGUUUGCCACGUUUGACCUGACUGCUCGAGAGAAACACGUUACUGAUGCUAAAACUGUGCAAUGUGUUAUGUUGGCUGCAAUGUCUAUGGAGUUGCAAAGGCAACACGAUAGGAUGAGCGCCUUCGAGAUGCUUGAACACUUGAAAAGUCUGUUUGAUUCAGAGAGUCAGACUCUAGAGUAUGAACUUCUGACAGACAUUUUCAAGUGUAGGCUUCAAGAGGGUGGCAACGUGUCUGAGCACGUCCUCAAAAUGAUUGGCUUAAUUGAAAGAGUUGCUACCACCGG